ACCUCCACUUCCCCUGCUGGCAGCUCAGGUCACCAUGGGAGGCCCCCGCCUCAGCGCCCUUCACGUCCUACACGCGCUGUGUGUCUUGCUGAUUCUGUUGGAAGAUGGACCCCAGAGCACCAGGGCCUCUGCCUGUCCCCCGAAGUGCCCUCCAGACUCCUCAUGUGUCGGUGGCACUGCCUGUCGCUGUAACCCAGGAUUCCAAUCUUCAUCUGGGGAGAUCAACGUCAACCCCGGGGAGACUUGUGAAGACAUUAACGAAUGUGAACAAGGCAGGCCAGGGACUGCCUGUGGAAGAAGCGCAGACUGCCACAACACGAAGGGGGGCUACUACUGCACAUGCAGCCCAGGAUAUAGUCCUGGUUCUGGGGCAACAAAGUUCAGUAAUGCGAGUGAGAACACGUGUAAAGACAUGGACGAAUGUCUGAACCCUGGAAUCUGUAAAAGCCGCAGCAAAUGUGUCAACACCCAUGGCAGCUACAUCUGCACGUGCCCACCAGGAUUUGAGCUCAACCCGGAGGACCGGAAGCAGUGCAAAGAUGUGAAUGAAUGCACCUGGGGGCAAAACCCCUGCCACAAAACCACCCACUGCCUCAACAAAGUGGGCAGCUAUGAGUGCCACUGCCGCCCUGGCUGGAAGCCGGUUCCUGGGUCCCCCAAUGGACCAAACAACACCGUCUGUGAAGAUGUGGAUGAAUGUUCCUCGGGGCAACACUCCUGCCACAAUUCGACCGAAUGCCGCAACACCAAGGGCAGCUAUGAGUGCCGCUGCCGCCCUGGCUGGAAGCCGGUUCCUGGGUCCCCCAAUGGCCCAAACAACACCGUCUGUGAAGAUGUGAAUGAAUGCACCUGGGAGCAAAACCCCUGCCACAAAACCACCCAAUGCCUCAACAAAGUGGGCAGCUAUGAGUGCCGCUGCCGCCCUGGCUGGAAGCUGGUUCCUGGGUCCCCCAAUGGCCCAAACAACACCGUCUGUGAAGAUGUGGAUGAAUGUUCCUCGGGGCAACACUCCUGCCACAAUUCGACCGAAUGCCACAACACCGAGGGCAGCUAUGAGUGCCGCUGCAGGUCUGGCUGGAAGCCGGUUCCUGCGUCCCCCAAUGGCCCAGACAACACCGGCUGUGAAGAUGUGAAUGAAUGCACCUGGGGGCAAAACCCCUGCCACAAAACCACCCAAUGCCUCAACAAAGUGGGCAGCUAUGAGUGCCACUGCCGCCCUGGCUGGAAGCCGGUUCCUGGGUCCCCCAAUGGCCCAAACAACACCGUCUGUGAAGAGAUCUCCUUCCCCACAUGGACCCCGCCCCCUGGAAUCAAGAGCCAGAGUAUCUCCAACUUCUUUGAAAAAGUCCAGGAACUGAGCAGAGACUUCAAGUCUGCCUCGGCCCAGGAUACCAUCAAGAAAUUCAUCGAUUCAUUGAAAGAGCUGGAAGCCCCUGGGGACCUGGAGGACCUGGCCCUGCCUGACCGGUACCGCAUGGCCACCCACCUGCUUUCGUACCUUGAAGAAGUCCUGAGGACCCUGGCCAAGACCUUGCCUGCACGCUCCUUCACCUACAAUCCCUCUUCAGACACAGAGCUGUCCCUGAUGAUCGGGGAGCAAUUGAAUGAAACCGUCACCCUGGGCCAGACCCAUGCACGAAUGAAGCUGAACUGGACUCAGGCAGCUGGAGUCGGGGACUCAGGCCCCACUGUGGCAGGCGUAUUCUCCAGCCGAGCAAUGCAGAAACUGCUGGAAAAUGCCUCCAUGGAGCUGGACACUGAGAAGAAAGACAAGCUGGAAGACGCAUAUGAAAGUUCUGUGAAAGUUCAUCACUCCACGAUCCUCUCCACUGUCAACACGGUCUUUCUGAGCAACAAGAACACGGAGAAACUAGACCCUCCUGUCACCUUCGCCUUCUCCCACCAUCCGGCGACGCCCAGCUCACGGGAGGAGCUAAUCUGUGCCUUCUGGAAGGGUAACGACAGUGGUGGGUACUGGUCCACCACAGGCUGCAAGAAGCUGGGCAGCAGGAAUAACAGCAUCAUCUGCGAAUGCAGCCACCUGAGCAGUUUUGCCGUCCUCAUGGCCCACUAUGACGUGGAGGACGUGAAACUGGCUCUGAUCACCAAAGUGGGACUGGCACUGUCGCUGGUCUGCCUGCUGCUGUGCAUCCUCACCUUCCUGCUAGUGCGGCCCAUCCAGGGCUCACGCACCACUGUGCACCUGCACCUCUGCAUAUGCCUCUUCCUGGGCUCUGCCAUAUUUCUGGCGGGCAUAGAGAACGAAGGAGACCAGGUGGAGCUGCGCUGCCGCCUGGUGGCCGGGCUGCUGCACUACUGCUUCCUGGCUGCCUUCUGCUGGAUGAGCCUAGAGGGCAUGGAGCUCUACUUCCUCGUGGUGCGUGUUUUCCAGGGUCAGGGCCUGAGCAAGCCCUGGCUCUACCUGAUCGGCUAUGGCGUUCCCUUCCUCAUCGUGGCCAUCUCUGCGGCCUCCAAGCCCGAGGGCUACGGCCGCAAAAUCUACUGCUGGCUGAACCCCGAGCACGGCUUCCUCUGGAGCUUCCUGGGACCUGUGACAUUCAUCAUUUUGUGCAAUGCUGUCAUCUUCAUGAUAACUGUCUGGAAGCUCACUCAGAAGUUCUCUGAGAUCAACCCAGACAUGAAGAAAUUAAAGAAGGCCAGGGUGCUGACCAUCACAGCCAUCGCACAGCUCUUGGUGUUGGGCUGCACAUGGGUCUUCGGCCUGUUCCUCUUCAACCCGAGGAGCCAGGUGCUGGCCUAUGCCUUCACCAUCCUCAACUGCUUGCAGGGCUUCUUCCUCUUCCUGCUGCACUGCCUGCUCAACAAAAAGGUGAGGGAGGAGUACCAGAAGUGGGCCCGCAUGGUCACUGGGAAUAAGUACUCGGACUUUGCCACGUCGACAUCCAGCUCCAGCCACAACCAGACGAGGGUCCUCAGGCCAUCCGAGUCUGGCAUGUGACUACGAGGUUCUGGCCAGGCCAGCAGCUCCUGUGGCCUCAGCAGCUUUUGCACAUACUGAAGACUGUCCCUCCUCUCCUACCACCCUGCUCCCUCCCAUCUCCUGCCCCAGAGAAGGGGCUUCAACACUUGUUCUCUGGCGCCAAACCCAGGAACACAGGGUGGAGUCGGACCUGAUGGACCUGCUUCUGGCUGCCUCUGCUGCACCCCAGGGUAGGCAGGAGCUGGACAGGGCGGCAGCCCCUUGCCCUGGUACCCAACACCUGGACAGACAAGGCUCCUGGCCUCCCACUCACCUGUCUUUGCUACAAAACAAGAGGCCAGCGUGCUGGGGUUCUAUUUUCCUGUUAAGCUAAGACUGAGGUCAAGGAUGGGAGAAGGGCAGGGCCCCUUCAGCUCACGGUACAGAGGCCAGUCUGCCUCCCGGACAGAGGGUUCUCACUGUUCUGAAGGUCGUGGAUGUUGUGUAAUGUUUUUU